GUUAAUGCGACCAAGAUGGCAGCACCCUGCAGGAGACUGGUGAGGUCAAUUAUACAAGGUUUUGAUGUCUUCUCAGUCCAAAGGCUCACUUUGCCGCCACCACUGUCUCGAAGCUUCACCUGCCUCAGACCUCAGCAGUGUGAUUUAUACCACAGAAACCUUCGCUUAAACAGCAGACCUUUACUAUACAGCACCAAUACAGAAGCACCACAUGCAACAGAGACUAAGAAAAAUGCAAAUGACCCAGAGAAAGAAGAGGAAGAUGACGGACCAGAAUAUAUUCCAAAGAAAAAGGCAAAAAACCCAAUGAUGAUAAUAGGAUAUGCCUGGAUAAUUGGUCUUCCAGCUGGUAUCAUUGGAUUUGUUUUGGCUAAGAGGCAAGUGGACAAGAACAGGCUGCAGCAACUGAGGAUUCGCCAGAGGAUGAAGAAAUCUAAUGAGGGGGAAUACGAGAGUGAUCGCUACAAACCAGCAGCAGGAAUUUAAUGGAUUUAAUUGUUAAAAAAGAACUUUAUUUUUUCAUGUUGCCUCAGAUUACUGAUGAAAUCUAAGACAUGACAUGUUUCAAAUGGCCUGCUGUGCUAUAAUGCACUGUUUCAAAAUCAAAGCUAAAAGUAAUCCUAGCCUACUAUUUAUAAUUAAAAUAAACAUAAUAUGGCCAAAAGUAUGUGGACACCAUUUCUAAUAAUUGAAUUUUGAGUCCUGAACUUAAUACCUUUGAACACCUUUACAAUAAAUUGAAACAUUAAUCACCGCUCACUUGUCAUGUGCCUGUAUUAACAAACGUUCAUUUUACAUUUACAUUUUCGGCAUUUAGCAGACGCCUUAUCCAAAGCAAUUUACAUUACAGUUACAGUCUGAGUUGCGGGUUAAGGGCCUUGCUCAUGGGCCCAGCAGCAGCAACCUGGCAGUGUUGGGGCUUGAACCAGCGACCUUCUGGUUAUUAGUCCAGUACCUUAACCACUAGGCUAUGGCUUGCCCUACAAUUUAGAAAGCCUUUCCCGAAGAGUGGGGACUGUCCAUGCCACAAAAGGGGUCAAAAUCCAUAUAAUCGCCCAUAUUUUUGGAAUGCGAUGUCUAACAGGAUCAUCGUCAGAUGCCCACAUUUGGUUAUAUAGUGUAUGUCAUUCUUGGGAUGUAAACUUUUUUUAUGAUGACUGACUGGGCGGCUCAGUGGGUAACACUCUUGCCUCACAGCAAGAAAAUCCUGGGUUGAUUUCUAGGUGGCACGGUCCAGGUCCUUUCUGUGUGGAGUUUGCAUGUUCUCCCCAUGUCUGCAUGGGUUUCCUCUGGGAGCUCCAGUUUCCUCCCACAGGCCAAAGACAUGCAAGUGAGGUGAAUUGGAGAUACAAAAUUGUCCAUGACUGUGUUUGAUAUUAAAGAUCUUGAACUGAUUAAUCUUGUGUAACGAGUACCUACCUGUAACUUGUCAUGAAUGGGGCAUCAGUAAAACAUGCUAGCACGCCAGAGCUGACAUCUCAAAGUUGAGUUCGACUCUCAGCUUUGCUACUGGCAGGCUGGGCACCUAUAUGAACAAUGAUUGGCUCAUCCGUUAGGUUGGGGAUUCCUCAUAACUAAAGUGACUUACAGUACUGUGACAGUAUACUGUCUAAGCAAUUAAGGAUUAAGUGCCCAACACUGGCAACCUGGUAUUGAUGGGGCUUGAACCAGUGCCCUUUCAAUUACUAGUCCAGUACUAGGUGCCUGCAUAGAGACAGGGGGGUAAAUGGAGAUCAGUGUGAUGCAAUUGUUGGAGCAGUGGCCUCUUCUUUGCACUGCAGCCUCAAGCCCAUGGCACAUUUUGGAACUGAGGAUACCAAGCAAUUCACUUUUUUUUUUUUUUUUUUUGUAAAAUCAUUAUUACAAUAAUCUGUAAGCAUGCAGAAUGCAGAAAUGGAGGUAUAUUAACAACUAAAAUUAAGUUGACCAGACAAGAAAUGAAAUAUCUCGGGUUCAUCCUGUCUGCAAUCAAAUAAAAGUCAAUGUAAUUUUUUUGAUUUGGGGUUGUAAGUUCAAAAUAGUACAGACACAAUCAUGCAAAUCAGUAAAAAUUGUAUAUUUACUUCUUUUCUGUUUUACAAAAGUAUGAAAUCUUUUAGUCACAGAAAAAGAACAGUUGUACAAAUCAUUUUAAUACCAAAAAUGCUAUGAUAUUUCCUUUACAGCUGUAUGAAAACUUUAGACUUUAAACUAUAAUUUAGUUGCUGUUGUAUUGAUGAUAAAUGAAUAUGUGGUGUAACAUUUAAGUAAAAAGGUUUUCAAAUAAAAUACAGGUAAAAACUGUA